ACAUUCAGGAUCUUGCCUUGAGCAGCAUACCAACUCACCACUCCUGACACCAUGAACUACUACGGCAACUACUAUGGAGGCCUGGGCUACGGCUACGGAGGCUUCGAUGACCUGGGCUAUGGCUAUGGCUGUGGAUGUGGCAGCUUCCGCAGACUGGGCUAUGGCGGUUGCUACGGAGGCUACGGAUAUGGCUCUGGCUUCGGAGGCUAUGGAUACCGCAGCUGCCGCCCAUCAUGCUAUGGAGGAUAUGGAUUCUCUGGAUUUUAUUGAAAUCCUUCCCUGACAACCUAACAUGAGAGGACAUAAGAAGAUCACCCAAACCUGACUGCAAUAACAAACAAACGAGGUCACCCUGGAUCAAGCCAAGAUCAAGAGCAGUUAGCAUCUAAGAGGUUUAAGAACACCUAUCAUUCCAUAAUUCUUUGCUUUAUGUCUCUGGAUGUGUCUUACUUGUACCUUUAUAACUGUGGGGUUUCUCUGUUCCUUUUAGAAUAAAUUAUG